AUUCCUAUUUGUUCGAGUAUUAAAUAAAGAUCUUACAAGUUGCAUUAUUCAACAUGAAAGUUGUUAUUUUUCUGGUCAGUUUCAUUGGCAUAGUGCUAUCUAUUCUUACAGACAGUGCUAGUGGCCAUCAUCAUCAUUCUCGUGGUAGUGGUGGUAGUUAUGGAUCAUCUUCAUCAUCUGCAAGUGCAUCAUCGUCAACAUCAUUUGAAAGCAGUGGAGGAACUGGUGGAUCUGAUGGCGGAGGAUAUCACGGAGGUGGCGGAAAUGGAGGAGGAGGACAUCCUAGCAAUGGUUACGGAGGAAACGGUGGAGGUGGUUAUUCGGGAGGAGCAGCCAUAGCUUCAUCACAAGGAGGUAGUUUUGGCGCCAGUGGAAGUGGUGGUGGUUAUUCCAAUGGAGGAGGAAACGGAGGACACCAUGGAGGCGGUGGUCAGGGUGGCUACGAUAAAGGAGUUGGACUUGGGCUUGGGCUUGGAUUAGGAAUAGGCGCUGGCUGAUAUUAAGGUUGCCCUCAUACAUGUAAACUCAAAAGGAAAUGAAAAUAAAAAUUUUCAUUGUUAAUUCGUGUCAAAAAUUUUAAUUCGUAUUCCGUUGAUUUUGUUAUUCACUCAACAAUUUAUCCAAAUUUGCAACCAACAGAUUUGGGAUCGUUUUGUUUUAAAUCUUCUUCAAUUUCUUGACGAAAACAUUGGAACAGUAAAUUAUGCUUGGUGAACGUGAUACUAAAGAUAAUUUUGUAAUUUCGCAUUUAUGAUUAUCAACAGAACGAUAAAAUAUAGAAAUGGACAAAAUAAUCUCCCAGUUUUAAGUCUCCAUUUUUCUUUGUUCCAGAAGUUCUAAAUUACAAAUCUUUCUUUAAUGUUUGAACUAAACACAUGUUUAUUUGCUGGUGGAACAUUCAUAAUCAUGUU